GCACUUUUUUCCCCCAAAAAAUGGGGGGAAAUGUUUGUGCGUCUUAUGGAGCGAAUAUGGAGAAGCCGGUCCUGUAUUCCUCCCAUCGCCGCUGUGUUGGAAUACUCGGCUCUUCUGUGCAGCAGAACCUGCUCCUCAGUCCUACCUGUUCCUCAUCCCUACCGGUGUCCUCAUCACCUCAUCAUCUUCAUUGUAGGUACCCAGCUGUGACAGCUUGCGGCUUCACAGCCAGGUGCCCACUGUCCAUACACAAGAAGCGCUCUGCUGUGUGAAUGGCUCCGUAGUCUUCUGGAACCUGUCACGUGUCCCAGAAGACUACAGGGAGAGAGGCGAUCGCAGUGAAGUGGGAGCGGGUACCUUCUCUGGUCAUCUCCUGUACUAUGUCUGCAGUCUCUGGUCAUCUCCUGUACUAUGUCCGCAGUCUCUGGUCAUCUCCUGUACUAUGUCCGCAGUCUCUGGUCAUCUCCUGUACUAUGUCCGCAGUCUCUGGUCAUCUCCUGUACUGUGUCUGUAGUCUCUGGUCAUCUCCUGUACUAUGUCUGCAGUCUCUGGUCAUCUCCUGUACUAUGUCCGCAGUCUCUGGUCAUCUCCUGUACUGUGUCCGCAGUCUCUGGUCAUCUCCUGUACUGUGUCCGCAGUCUCUGGUCAUCUCCUGUACUAUGUCUGCAGUCUCUGGUCAUCUCCUGUACUAUGUCUGCAGUCUCUGGUCAUCUCCUGUACUGUGUCCGCAGUCUCUGGUC